AUGACAGACGAUGCACACAAUGACAUGGAAAUUGACACGGAAAUUUCUUUAAUGGAAAAUGCUAAGCGCAAAGCGCCAGAGCCAAAGCCAAAAACCAUUCAUUUCACGUCGCGCAAUCCACCCUGGACAUACCUAAAGCUCAAGCUUGUUUCCCAGCCAGGAAGCACGUCACAACACCUCGAUGCCGUCUCCGCACGAACCUACCUCUCCUCCGCGUUGUCGCAAUUCCUCGGCCUGACAGGAGCAGCCAUUCCGAUCGACAUCCUGAAGAUUGAGACUGGACCCCCAUCAACCACAAAACUCGAUAUUGUGUGGAUUCGAGUUCCUCGCGAGGAUGCCUCGGCCGUCGUGAGCGCAGUGAGCUCGUGGAUUGGCAGCGGAAAUAACUCAGCAGGCUCUGGGGAUGUUGCAUGGAGGGUUUGUGCCAAAGGAAAUUUUCUUGGUGCCCUGGUUGCCGGCUCUGGGGCCGACUUGUUCGUUCCCUAG